GCAGCGGCGGGUCAAAUUCUUUUGCUUACAGCUGAUUCGGGCGUCUGGUGCGUCUCAGAACGACAAGUCUGACAGCUGUCACGCAAGAGCGCGCUGAGACUCGAGGCAGUCACAAAAGGAUUUCAGUACUCCUUAUAACGAGCCUGGGCUUGCGGCUCCUUUGCUCACUCCCGCAAGCCGCUGGCGAGGGAAAUCGGAACUCCUGGUUUCAGCACCGGGGGGAGGACAGCUCCACUUCCUCACACGCCCGCUAGCUCCGCUACACUUCUCACUCCGCAAACAAACGCCCUACCGUUUUCUCUGAGCAGGUCCUGAACACUUUGCACAUAUGAGCACCCCUGGAACAGCACGAGACUCAUCGCAAGAGUUCCACUAACACACUACGACCACCGGACGUCAGCGAUCCGACUCCAGCUCAAUAUGUACCAGGGCCAUUCGCAGGGGAGAGACGCUAGGGCACAGGAUAAGGCGGUUGCCAUGGUGCUCAAGGAGAUUCCCACUAAGGCAUCCCCCGAAGGAAAACCCCUCCUCACCGUGACAACUAAGCUGGUGGGUGAACAGCAAGAGAGUCGACCUCUCCUCAGCCCCUCCAUCGACGACUUCCUGUGUGAGAGCAAGAGUGACGCAAGCUCUCGCCCUGUGACCUCCAACACUGCAGUGCUCUCCUCCACUCUGGACCUGCUGGACCUGAGUGACCCGGCGGAGAGGAGGAACAGCAAGGACCGGAGGAGUCCGCUGUCUGUGCGGCCCGAGGGGUCAAAGGUCACGACACACAGGAAACGGUCAGUGGAGACAGAGCUGAUCCAGGUGGACGUGGAGCACAACACCACCUCCUCACGCACACAGGACAAGGAAUCAGGAAAUGCUCCCUCCCCUCUGGAGAAGUGGGAGGAGCUUAAUCCCCACCCAGAGAGAACAGGAAGCAGGAAGUGGAAGUUGGAGAGGAGACGCUCAUCAAAGAAUGCCUCCAGCGAGCUGCUUUGGUCUGUAGACAAUAAGGCCCAGUUGGACACCAAAUCCCAACUGGACUCCAACAACAAAGCUGAGGCAGAGGCUACACCUGCUCCUCAGGGUCGUCUGGGUAAAGAGCAGCGAUGGGGCAGCGCUCUUCUGUCCAGAAACCAGUCACUGGAGGAAGAGUUUGAGAGAGCCAAAGCAGCAGUGGAGUCGGAUACGGAGUUCUGGGAUAAGAUGCAGGCGGAGUGGGAGGAGCUUGCUCGACGGAACUGGCUGACUGAGAAUGAUCAGCCACAGAUCCCGUCCACUGUAUCACCAAUGGAGAAGGGCUACUAUUUCCACACUGAUAACCCGUAUAAGGAGUGGCCCAACGCUUUUGAGGAGGGGGUGAGGAAGCGUCGCCAGGGCGACCUGCCCAACGCAGUCCUGCUGCUGGAGUCCGCCAUCUUACAGGACCCCCAGGACUCUGAGGCGUGGCAGGUGCUGGGGACAACACAAGCAGAGAAUGAAAAUGAACAGGCAGCCAUUGUCUCCCUCCAGAGGUGUUUGGAGCUGCAUCCCAACAACCUGACAGCCCUGCUGGCGUUGGCGGUGAGCUUGACCAACACGGGCAUGCGUCAGGACGCGUGUGAGGCGCUACUGCGCUGGCUGCGGCACCACCCCAAGCACAAGCACCUGCUCAAGGGCCACACACACAUGCCCUCCUCCCCCCUCACCCAGCGCAGGAUGUCCCGCGUCUCCAACAACAACAGCUGCUCCAUCCUGACCGAGGUGAAGGAGCUCUUUCUGGAGGCGGCUAAGCAGUCUGACUCCAUCGACCCCGACCUGCAGACAGGACUGGGCGUGCUCUUCAACCUCAGUCACGAGUUCAACAAGGCCGUGGAGGCCUUCAACGCAGCCCUCUCUGUCAGGCCAGAGGACUACCUGUUGUGGAACCGGCUGGGUGCGACGCUGGCUAACGGGGACCGCAGUGAGGAGGCAGUGGAGGCCUACAGCCGAGCCCUGGAGCUCCAGCCCGGGUUCAUCCGCUCACGCUACAACCUGGGGAUCAGCUGCAUCAACCUGGGCGCACACAGGGAGGCGGCCAGUAACUUCCUGACGGCGCUGAGCCUGCAGAGGAAGAGCCACAGCGGGCAGCUGUCCCAGCAGGUGAUGCAGGGGAACAUCUGGGCUGCGCUGCGCAUCGCCCUCUCCAUGCUGGACCAGCCCGAGCUCUUCCAGGCCGCCAACAUCGGGGACCUCGACCAGCUCAUGCGCGCCUUCAACCUGGACAUCUCUGCCUGCUGCUGUUCCAGACGGUUCCACUGAGGAAUUCAGAACAGCAGCAGAACUAAAUUUGCCUUAGAGAACACACCAUGUAGAACUGAAGCACCUUACAGACGGAACCCCACAGACGCAGCACUGACCUUUGACCCCAAGGGUCAUUUGCUGUCCGUCAUGGGAUGCCAUCUGACCUCUUUAGUGUUUACCUUACCUGUUGUUGUCCUGGAGACCGUUGUUCUGGAGACCGUUGUCCUGGAGACCGUUGUCCUGGAGACUGUGGCACUGCGUGAGCAGAAGCAGCUCCUGGAUCAGGCUUCCAGAAUGUUCCUCUACUCUCCUGCUCUUCCCAACGACCCUACUGCCACUGGUCACUCCACGGGGACAGCCUUACACACACACACAUACAGACACACACACACACACAUACUGCACACACACACACACAGAUACAUACAUACACACGCAUACAGACAUCCUGUAGUUAGCUGCCUGGAGUGAACGUCUUACUCUAGGUGCAUGCCAUAUGACACCUGUAUGGUACAAACAUAAGCCAUCUUCUGCCUCUGGAUGCAUAUACACUCCACACACACACACACACACAUUUUUUUCACUUUUCUCACUUUUCAGAUCAUCAUUUCAAUCAUUCCAUCCAUCAGCCAACUGAUCUGUCCACACACACAUACACACACAUACACGCAUGUGAUUAGGCUAGUUUGAUUAGCUUCCUUUAUCCACAGAGCAGUCAUGUAAUCUCUUCCCUGUGGGCAUUAGGCUGGUUAGCUGCUUCACUGCAUAUGCAUGUUAAAGAGCACACACACACGCACACACAUUCACUCACACACACACUCACACACACACACACACACACACACACAAGCUGACUCAGGGCCGAAUCAGCUCUAGUUCAGUGCUCUUCCUUUAGUCAUAUUGCUGUGGAAGAGCAUCUCACUGCACUGAUCCAUACUGCACUGAUCCAUACUGUCUGCCUGAUCCAUACUGUCUGAUCCAUACUGUCUGCCUGAUCCAUACUGUCUGUCUGAGCCAUAGUGUUUAAUCCAUAGAUUUGGAUCCAUACUGUCUGCCUGAUCCAUACUGUCUAAUACAUACUGCCUGAUCCAUGCUAUCUAUCUGAUCCAUACUGCACUGAUCCAUAUUGUCUGCCUGAUACUAUAUGAUCCAUAGAGUCUGAUCCACACUAUCUGUCUGAUCCAUACUAUCUGAUCCAUGCUAUCUGUCUGAUCCAUAGAGUCUGAUCCACACUAUCUGUCUGAUCCAUACUAUCUGCCUGAUCCAUACUGCACUGAUCCAUACUGUCUGAUCCAUGCUAUCUGCCUGAUCUAUACUAUUUGUCUGAUCCAUACCGUCUGAUCCAUACUAUCUGCCUGAUCCAUACUAUUUGUCUGAUUAAUACUGCACUGAUCCAUACUGUCUGAUCCAUGCUAUCUGUCUGGUGUAUACUGUCUAAUCUCUAUUAUGAGACACCACACACACACACAUACACUGCAGCACUCACUCAACUGACAUCACCUCCAUCCCAUGCACACACAGCAGAUGAUCCAUACUGAACGAUAAUCAUCCUGAAUGAUUUAAUCAUUAAUUAAUAAUGGUUUAAUGAUGAUUUAAUAAUAUUAAUAAUGACUUAAUGAUGAUUUCAUAAUAAUACCUAAUGAUUAUGUGAAUAAGUGACUUUAUGACUCUGAAUGACUGUAUGGUCCUGGGUGACAGGCGACCCUGUACUCAUGCACGACUCUAUAGGGGCUGUUUGUCUGAUCCUGUGUAAGUGUGAAUCCUUAUGUCUCUACGAUCCUGUACCACUCUGUGAUGAUGUAUGGCUGGAGUAUGACAUGAUGUAAUGCUUAUGUAUGAUGUACGGUAGGUCUCUGUGAUGAUGUAUGACUGGUGUAUGACAUGAUGUAAUGCUUAUGUAUGAUGUAGGUCUCUGUGAUGAUGUAUGGCUGGAGUAUAUGAUGUAUGGCUGAUGUAUGACAUGAUGUAAUGCUUAUGUAUGAUGUAGGUCUCUGUGAUGAUGUAUGGCUGAUGUAUAUGAUUUAUUACUGGAGUAUAUGAUUUAUGGCUGGUGUAUAUGAUGUAUGGCUGGAGUAUAUGAUGUAUGGCUGAUGUAUGACAUGAUGUAAUGCUUAUGUAUGAUGUAGGUCUCUGUGAUGAUGUAUGGGUGACAUAUAUGUCUGUGGUGGCCAGUAGGACAUGUGUUCCUGGAGCCCAGGGUUUGGGUAAGGAUCACGGUUUAGGUAAAGGUUUGGGUAAGGAUUAAGGCUUGGGUAAGGAUUACGGUUUAGGGAAAGGUUUGGGUAAGGAUUAAGGCUUGGGUAAGGAUUACGGUUUAGGUAAAGGUUUGGGUAAGAAUUAAGGCUUGGGUAAGGAUUAUGGUUUAGGUAAAGGUUUGGGUAAGGAUUAAGUCUUGGGUAAGGAUUACGGUUUAGGUAAAGGUUUGGGGAAGGGUUAGGGUUUGGGUAGGGAUUAGGUUCUGGGCAAAGAAUAGGGUUUAGGUAAAUAUUAGGGUUUGGAUAAGGAUUAUGGUUUGGGUAAAGAUUGGGGUUCGGGUAAAGAUGGGGGUUUGGGUAAAGAUUGGGGUUCGGGUAAAGAUGGGGGUUUGGGUACAGAUUAGGGUUAACUCUGACCUUAUGGUGACUCAUGAGAACCAUGUUCAUGUGUCCUCUACAGACCAAGUUGGGUACCUGCUUGCCUUGUGAUUGUGUGUGUGUGUUUAUGUGUGUGUCACAAGCCGGUGUGUGGGUUGAGGGAUGGAUGGAGGUUGACAGGUAAAGGUUGCAACUGCUGAGAGAUGCUGGAGUGGCAUUCUCCAUAUUUCAUAGCACUCAGAUGUCUCCAUUUAUUCUGAGGGGAGACACUGAGUGUAUGUGUGUGAGAGUGAGUGUGUGUGUGUGUGUGUGUGUGUGUGAGUGAGUGUGUCUAUGUGUUCGUUUGCUUGUGUAGGAGCUGCUGCUUCAGCAUUUCUGAUAGAGUGGCAGGAGAUGGAGAGAGGAGAGGAGGAAGAGAUGAGGAGGGGAGGAGAGGAGGAAAAGAUGACAGGGGGAAGAGGGGAGGAGGAGAGGAGAAGACUGGAUGCAUUUACGACUAAGCUGUACCAAGCCAUGUUCAGUACAGGACAGCCAUUCUGUCAUCGCCUCACAAUUAACAAGGUGUAUCUGACAUGAUGUAGUGCAAGAUAGUUAUAUUCUAUUAUAAAUAAAGAAAUAUACAUUCUGUCACUAUCUAUAUUCAUAAUAUGAACUCACAGGACAGAAUGGUGGCUACUUGAUGGUGGAUUUUCAAGCACAUUUUCCCAAAAGUCAGAUAAACCUCGGUAAUUUUGACGAUGACUAUGUAUGUGAGAGAAUUAGUUAUGUGUCAUGUUAUAAUGAGCUGUGUGUAAGAGUUACGUGUGACAAGGUUAGUUUGCCUGUCGUGUGUGUGUGUGUGUGUGUGAUGAAGUUAGUUUGUUGUGUGUGUGCGAUGAGGUUAGUUUGUUUGUUGUGUGUGUGUGAUGAGGUUAGUUUGUUUGUCGUGU